AUGAAUAAAUCAUUAUUUAUAUGUAUAUUUAACAAUCGUGUUUUAAAUAGAUUAAUAUUUGAUCAAGUUAGAAAUCAUCGAUGUUUAUUAGAUAGGAGAGAGAUAUACAAAUGGAGAUCUGUUACACGUCAACCAAAAGUUAUGGCUGGUAAUGGGUAUUUAGAAAUGUUAAAAGUGUGGUUUAAGUCAAACAACAUCGUACUUAUGUUAUGGUAUGAUAUUUAUCAAAUCUUGGUGAAUGCAAUCAAAACAUCACAUCCAAAUUCAUUAGAUAUUGUCAAAUAUUUGGUGGAAGAAAGAAAGAUUGCUGAUCACCUUAUCAAUGACUAUUCGAAAGGAAUGUCUUUGUACUACAAAUUGUACUUUACACGAUCACCACUCUCCAACGAUAUCGAUAUGAUGAUCUAUUUGUCAGGAAAGGAGAUUUCGGGCAGCCGUUCCUAUUUAGAGAACAUUUGUAAAGUCUUUGAUUCCGCAGCAAGAGUUGGUCGCGUCGAUAUGAUUGAAUGGCUGGCCGAACACAUACCACAAUAUAGAAAAGGAAAUAACAUGUACUAUCAUGCGGUGUUUGGAAAUCAUAUUCAUGUUCUCGAGUACUUGAAGAGAAGGAACAAUGAUCUUCCACAAGAAGGACCAUAUUCUAAAAAACUCAUUGAUGUCGCAGCAGAAAGAGGAAACCUCCAAGUUUUGAAAUGGUUAGAUGAGAACAAGAUUGGAAGAGCUUCACAUGAUGCCAUUGAUAAUGCAUGUGCAAAAGGAUACCUUAAUAUUGUAGAAUGGCUAUUUGAAAAUAGAACGGAAGGAUACACAAAACGAUCAAUGAUCGAUGCUUCAACAAACGGACACCUUCAAAUUGUAAAGUGGAUUCAUUUCAAUGGUGGCAAUGGAUAUGAACUGAGUGCAACUAUAAAAGCAAUCGAUAAUGCCGCAAAGAACGAUCAUUUGGAAAUGCUCAAGUUCCUUGUCGAUGAAAAUAUAAUUAGAUAUAGUACAACCACCUACUUACUUAAUAUGGCAGUUGCUCGUGGCCAUGUUGAAGUAGUUGAGUGGUUGAGUCGUCGACUUGCUCAACGAGGUUCAGUAUCAACAUUCGAAAUAGCAAUAGAUAAUUGUGACUUACCAAUGGUGAAAUGGUUACAUCAAAAUCAAACGGUUUGGCUUGCUGAGAAUGAAUACUAUGAUUUCUCAUGUCCCAUUGUCUGGGCAAGAGAAUAUGGACACAAAGAUAUCGAAAGAUACCUCAUCGAGCAACACCCAUUAAUUUCAUUUUAUUAUAUUAUUCUCAUUAUAUUAAUUUCUUAUUGGUCUAGUGUUUAUCUAUCGGUUUAUCUUUGUUUUAUUAUUAAGGUUUUUGUUGCAAAAAGAUGUUAUAUGAUCGAAUGGCUGGCCAAACACAAAUCACAAUAUAGAAAAGGAAACAGCAUGUACUAUCAAGCGGUGUUUGGAAAUCAUGUUCAUGUUCUCGAGUACUUGAAGAGAGAGAACAAUGAUCUAGAUCUCACCGAUGAUAACGAUAAUGCUAGACUUAUUGAUGUCGCAGUGGAAAGAGGAAAUCUAACGAUUAUUAAAUGGUUAGAUGAGAAUAAAAUCAGUGAAUCAACAAACCAAGCAAUGGAAAUUGCAUGCUCAAAUUCUUUGAUAUUUAAAUAUCGAUGGUGCUGCUGGAAAUGGUCAUCUGGAAAUAUUAAAAUUCUUUCACCACAAUGGAUAGGAACUUAUUUCAACGGUAAAAGCAAUUGA